AUGGCCAUUUCUGACCGCCGCUGCAACCGCCUUCGGGAAAGGUGUAAUUCAAAGUACAGGUUGCCAUCUAUAAAAACAUACAUGUCUCAGUACCACUUUUCUCUGAGUUCUAAAAAUGAGGGAGAGGGCGAUGGUGCUGAAGAUGAAGAAAGAAAAGAAGAAUCAGAGAAAGGUGCUCUGACAAUUCAAGAAGAAAUCAGCCAAAUUAAGCGCAAAUUGCAGGCUGGGAAGAAAACUCAAGAGAGGCAAAAAAAACGAUACCGUGAUCGUAUGGUAGAAAGAAUUCAAUUUGUAUGUUCAUUGUGCAAGUAUCGCACUUUCUAUGAAGAUGAGAUGACCAAUCAUUUGGAAAGCAAAUUUCAUAAAGAGCAUUUUACAUUUGUUGGAACCAAGCUACCGAAGCAGACUGCUGACUUCCUGCAGGAAUAUGUAACUAACAAAACAAAGAAGACAGAAGAACGCCGUAAAGCAAUUGAAGAUAUUAAUGCAGUUAUACAACAGAUUUAUAAAGACCAAGAUCUUACACAAGAUAUAAGCAUGGAACAUUUUGUAAAAAAGGUGGAGGCUGCUCACUGCGUUGCCUGUGACCUUUUCAUCCCAAUGCAAUAUGGAAUCAUCCAGAAACAUCUGAAAUCUCUUGAUCAUAACCACAACCGUAGAGCUAUGAUGGAACAAUCUAAGAAAUCAUCAUUAGUAGUUGCAAGGAGUAUUCUUAACAAUAAACUUAUCAGUAAAAAAUUGGAGAGGUAUCUAAAGGGCGAGAAUCCCUUCACAGAUGAUCCUGAAGAGAAAGAGGAACAUGAAGAAAGUGAGGCAGGAACAAGUGGGAUCAUCGAGGAAGGAGCAGCUGAAGGUGAAGGAAACCUAAAUGAAGAGCAAAGUAAAAGUGAUGACAAUCCUUCUGAGGAAAAUCCUGUGGCUGAUGAAAGUGCAGAAAAUAAAGGUGAUGGAGAAGAACUACAAGGACAAAUGGAGGAAUGGAAUUUGACCACAUCUCAAGAAAGUUUUGCUACUGAGCAGAAUCCAGAACAUGAAGAAAAAGAAAAAGAAAAAACAGAAGAAACACAAGACAUUGUACCUUCAGAGAAGAUGGAACCACCUGAUGAGUGAACUUGCAAAGAAGGUUGAAUCAUUUUGAGACUCUGCAUUAAAUCUUCUAAAACCAUACCUGUAUUUGUGACACACCAUGGCACGUGGCUUUUGGUUCUCAUUGACCUCACUUUCACCUAGUUAACAACCUUUAUUUGUAAAGUGUUUUUGAAAAUAGCUUUUUUAACCAACUUUUCAUUGUAUUAGCUAGAUUUUGUGCAGUACAAUUUUUAAGUGGCUUUGUACUAGGAAGUAUACUUUUUUUAGUAAAUAAUCAAAAUCAAAUUUUGUCAAUUGGCUUAUACCAUGCUAAACCUUGAAAGGAUAAAUAACCUCUAAAUUUUCCCAUUUACUUUUGUAUAUAGUUGAAAAUGUUUUAGUUCCAUAGCUAGUCUUGUCUGAAAAUGUCAGUAGCAGAAUUCUGGGUUUUAAAUUCUGCAUGAUUGGAAUAUCUUCCAUGCAAGUGUAGCAUUCUUCUAUCUUUUUACUUUUAAUAUUCAAAAAAGACUUUGGUCAGCACAAUAAUUUUGCAGUGCUUUUAUUUAAGAGGGAACAUUUGCAACAGUUGGUUAUAAAAUAUUAUUAGGGCUAUAUGUGUAAGUUUCUGACAGAAGCAGAAACCUUGUUAUUGUGCAGAAAGCCUCAAGGAGAAAUAAAUGCAUUCUGGCACUUUCCAAAAAUUCAAUUUAUAUUAUUCUGUUUGAAAUCAGGAGGAUUUCUUAGUUUCUGCUUAUUUUAGAUGGAUGUUCUGAAAAUGAAGUCUGUAGCAGCCCAACAAAAAUCUACUGAAGAGUGUUACAAAACAUUAAAUAUUCCCUUCAAAGCAGGUCUUCCAGUUGUCUCAUUUUAAAUCCUCCAAAUCACCUCUACUGCAUUUGCCAGAAUAUAGUAUUGCUUCACUGUUUCUUUGUUUUUUAAGAAUUUCAGGCAUUAAUGCUAUUAGUUUAACCCUUGCUGCUACCCCAGUUUCCAAGCAAUAGUGAUACAGAUACUGAUAUUCUUGUUCAUGUUCAAUUUACUAUCCUUUCAUUUCUCUUUAUGUACAUGCCCUCUUCCUAUAGUGGAGAUCAAGCAAUGGAACCUGAAAAUAUUCAAUGGACAUAUUUUUCUGGAAACCUACAUUAGCAAAGACAAGGGUGAGUGAAGGAAUCAUUACACACUGGGUGGAGGUCUUUCUGCCUUAUUAUACUACUACUUCCUUAAGACUCAAGCAGCAAAUAGCUGCUGGAGAAACAUGUAAAAAUAAGUUUUGUGAGAAAAAGCAUUUAGUAAUGUAUCGAAUUGACAGAAAUUGAAACAUUGACAAAGUUUCAAUGUAUUGCUUAUUCUUAAUGUAUAAUGACUCAAAUGUUCAUAGUGGUAGCUUUGUCUUGUACUCAAUCGAAUUGUAGAUAAUAAAUUUUAUGAAUGUUGGGAGUACUGAAAUUCCAAUAUAAACUUGUAUUUAUACAUAUGGAUUGGUAUCUUAAAAGGUAUUAGUGGUUGGGCUGAACAAGGAAUACAAAAUAUACAAAACAGCUUUGAGGUAUUAGUUUUUAGGAAAUAACUGACAGAGACAUGUUGCCAAUACAGGACUUCAGUAAAUCUUCCAUCUUCUUUCAACAUUUGGGUUCAUACAUGCCAGUGGUAUGUUUUUGCAAAAUGAUAUUAGGUGCUAUGAGAAUUUUCUUUACAUCAGUCUGAACGUUUAUCAAGCCACAUGUUAAUUCCAAAUAAAUAGCAUUUACCAUUACCUGAGAACAGGGCUGUCAAACUCGCAGCCCGUGGGCCAGAUGAGUCACAUGUUGACCAUGCCCAUGCCCAGUUUAACAAAGGGGGUAAAAGUUGUGAUACGACAUGUGAUGCCCUGCAUUUGACACCCCUGUUUUAGAGUAACUCAAAUGCAUUAUUUCUUGGAUUAUUAGUCAAUUUGUAAGCAAAUUUACUCAUAGACUGAGUAAUUAUACUUGGGAUUCAGCCUUACUAAAACAAAUCUAUAUUUUCAUAUAAUUUUAAAACCAGGGGUGUUCUUUUUUAUUACAUUUUUAUCCUGCCGUUUAUAUAUAUAACUCAAAGGGGAAAACUAAUUCUUGUGCCUCCUGUUUUCCUCACAACAACCACCUAUGAUGUGGGUUGUUCUGAGAGAGUGAGUAUUCAUUCAGCCACUUUUCAUGGCUAGCAGGCCUGGAAUUCUCAAGUCUCCUUGGUUUCUGAUCCAGCACCUUCCCCGCUGCACCAUACUGGCUUUCCAGUUUCUCUCUCUCUGGAUUGGGAUAUUUGUACAGGGUAGUAUGCACUGAUGAAGGAUGCUAACUUUUUCCCAGAAUCUGAUACUUUCUUCCUUUGACCCUGUUCUCUCCACCUCCUCUCUCCCCCCUUCCAAUAUACUCCAGCUGGGACAUAAAUCUUGGAGAGGAAACCCCUCCUGUUUGAAAUAAGGUACUACUAGAUGGGAAGCAAUCUUGAAUAGAAUUAAUGAGGUUGGGAAUUAACCAAUUACUUUGUAGAGCCUCAUCUGCAAAUGAUGCUUUGAUACUCCAGCUACAUAUUACUCACAUAAUAUGGCGAUUACCCAGUUUUUCUGCCUAAGACCAUUUUGAAAAUUUGAAUCUGUAUACUUGAAAGAAAAUGCUACUAUAGUUACUGAUUUUAUUCCAAAUUACAUAGGCAGAUGACUGCAACUAUGUUUAUUCAAUUAAAUAGAUAUUCAGGAAUUUCCUGAAUAUAUAUAUACAGGAUCUGGCCAUGGGUCAGCCAUUGGUUUCCUCAUUGCAUUUUGAGUUAAGCCCUUUUUCUUUCAUGUAGGAGUAGCUAUUUAAGGUAUCUAUAAUUGUUUCCUACAUUGCAAUCUGGAAAGUUCAAAAGCACAUUUCUAAAACGUACUCAAAGUUAAGAAAUUAUUGAGUUGUUGUAUGUAUUGUUGCAAAACUGGUAUUAUUAUAGGAGAAUCAAAGAAAUAGUCUGUCCUAUUACAGUUUCCAAAUUUUUGUAGUCUAAUGGAAACUUCCAUUUUUCAAUGUAACCUGCCCCCUAAAAUCUUUUGCUUGUUCAUCUAAUUUGUCCAGAAAGUUGGAAAUAUUCUUCAACACAAUUUGAGGUCAUAUAAAAAAAAACCUUAAAGUAAUAGCCCAACUUUAUAAACUAAUAUGUGCUUUUAUUUGUUCAUGGUUUUCUUAACUUCAAAGGAGAUAUUACAAUAACCAGUUUGUUUUGCUUGCUGUCUAUGACUGAAAUGGUAGAAUAAUUUUCUUUUAUGCACUUUUCAUAUUC